AUGAGUGGCGUCUCAGUGUUACAGCACUUCGAGGCGUACCAGAAGGCGCGCGUGACGUUCGUUCAGGCCGUCGCCGAAGCCGCCACAAGACCGCAGAACAUCGAGGUCAUGCAGAACGCGGGAGUCAUGCAGCUUCUCCGGCCCCUGCUCCUCGAUAACGUGCCUAGCAUCCAGCAGUCGGCCGCCUUGGCGCUAGGCCGCCUGGCCAACUACAGCGACGACCUCGCCGAAGCGGUGGUCGGAAACGAGAUACUCCCUCAACUGGUGUACUCUCUCUCGGAGCAGAACAGGUUUUACAAGAAGGCCGCGGCGUUCGUUCUCAGGGCGGUGGCAAAACACUCGCCUGAUCUGGCGCAGGCUGUAGUGGAUUCGGGGGCACUAGACGCCCUCGUCCCCUGCCUCGAGGAGUUCGACCCAACCGUCAAGGAGGCGGCGGCGUGGGCCAUCGGCUACAUUGCGCAGCACACGGCCGACCUCGCCCAGAACGUUCUCGACGCGGGAACCGUUCCUCUGCUGGUGCUGUGCAUCCAGGAGCCCGAGAUCACCCUCAAGCGUAUCUCCGCCUCUGCGAUGAGCGACGUCUGCAAGCACACGCCGGAGCUGGCGCAGGCGGUGGUGGAUGCCGGGGCCGUGGCGUACCUGUCCCCCCUCAUCAUGCACCCGGACUCCAAGCUGAAGCGCCAGGUGUGCUGCUGCCUGGGGCAAAUCGCGAAGCACUCCGUAGAUCUCGCAGAGGUGGUCGUCGAGGCCGAGGUCUUCCCCAACAUCCUCAAGUGCCUCAGGGAUUCCGACCUGUACGUGCGCAAGAACGCCGCCACCUGCAUCCGCGAGAUCGCCAAGCACACCCCCGAGCUGGCGAAGCUUAUCGUUAAUUCGGGCGGAGCGGCGGCCCUGGUGGACUACGUCGCCGACGCACAGGGCAACGCCAAGCUGCCCGGCAUCAUGGCCGUGGGGUACAUCGCGGCGUUCAGCGAGACCUUAGCGCUGGCCGUCAUCGUGUCCAAGGGAGUUGCACCACUCAAAGACGCUCUAGUCGCCGAGCCCGAGGACCACAUCAAGGCCGCUUCCGCGUGGUCGCUGGGGCAGAUCGGGCGGCACACGCCAGACCAUGCCCGCGCGUUGGCGGAGGGCGACGUCUUGAGACACCUACUGGCGUGCAUGAUCCACGACGACAGCAGCGACGACUUGAGGACGAAGAGCAAACGCGCCCUCAAGGCUAUCCUCGCCAAGUGUACCCAUCUCCAGGCGCUGCAGCCCCUGCUGAGGGACAGCCCCGUGAAGGUGCAGAAGUACGUCCUCCGACAGUUCGCCCAGCUGCUGCCGCAUGACGUGGAGGCGCGCAGGGCCUUCGUCCAGAACGGAGGCCUGCAGUUCCUUCAGGAAUUGAACGAGACGGUGGGGGGGAAGCUGGAGGAGUACAUCCAUGCCAUCAACGGGUGUUACCCCCCCGAAAUCGUGGAGUACUACAGCCCCAACUACUCCAAGGUCCUCCUAGACAAAAUCGACGAGUUCCAGCCGAUGGUAGCAUGA